AUGAAGGCGGAAGAAAAGGAGGCUGAGAACAUUCGUGUAGCCGUGCGAUGUCGGCCUAUGAACGAGCAUGAGAAUCGUGAGCAGGCAGUCUCGUGCUUUACGUGUGGUUCAAAUGGCUCAGCUGUGCUCACAAAUAUCGAAAACCCCACAGAACAGCAUGAAUUCGGCUUUGACUUCGUUUAUGGUUGCGACUCGAAGCAAGAAUUGAUUUUUGAAGAUAUAGGUUUGCCACUAUUGGAUCGAGCUUUCGGAGGAUACAACGGUACAAUUUUUGCCUAUGGACAGACAGGGAGUGGCAAGUCUUUUAGUAUGACAGGUGUGACAGGAGGAUUAGAGAAUCUGGAAGGUCUGAUUCCACGAGUUAAUCGUGCCAUUUUUGAUCGCAUUGCCAAAGAUUUGGUCAAAAACUCCAACAAGCGCUUUCUUGUAGAAUGUUCGUAUUUUGAAAUUCAUAACGAAAUCGUUUACGAUUUGCUCAAUUCUAACGGCAACAAUAAGAAGAAGAAAGGUGGCUUGGAAAUCAAGGAGCACUCUGUGCUUGGAAUAUACGUGAAAAAUCUUCAGGAGCGAGUUGUAGAAACGCAAGAAGAGAUUGUGGAACUCAUUGCGCUAGGAGCACAAUCAAGAACAGUGGGAUACACGCAAAUGAAUUCCGAAAGCUCUCGGUCGCACUCGAUAUUUACGAUAAAGAUUCAUCAGAAGGAUGCUGAAGAUGAGACAAAGAGUGUUUUUGCAAAGAUAAAUCUUGUGGAUCUUGCUGGUUCGGAGCGCGCUGCGUCGACGGGUGCACAAGGUGAUCGGCUUCGCGAAGGAGCGAACAUUAACAAGUCGCUUAGUGCAUUAGGCAACGUCAUUAACGCUCUCGUCGAGGCCUCUCGAGCCAGCAAGAAGGUGUUCAUUCCAUACCGAAACUCGAAGCUGACGCGUGUGCUGCAGGAAUCCCUCGGUGGCAAUAGUCUCUGCUCGAUGCUUGCAACGCUUUCGCCCGCCAGUAUUAAUUUCGCAGAGACGCUGAGUACGCUUAAGUACGCUAGUCGCGCCAAGAGUAUUAAGGUGAAUGCCAAGAAAAAUGAAGCAUCAUCGCAGAUUUCGCAGCUCAAUAACGAAAUUGCAGCGCUUAAGCAAAAACUUCAAGAGCAAAUGGGAGCUACUCUUGGUCUUGACCCUCAGGAAAAGGAUAAAAUCGUAGCGAUGUAUGAGAAGCAGAUUCAAGAGAUGGACCGUGUAAGGCUUCAAACUUGGGAGGACAAAGCAAAGCUCUCCAAACAGCACGAAGUGGAGCGCAAGAAACGUGCUCGAGAACGUGCUCAGGCUGAUCAGUGCAUUCGAGAUGAACGAACAAAAAAGUGGCGAUUGCUUGAAGAAAAGGGUGAUCUUGAGCUUAUGAUGCGUGCCCUUCGCGAUGUUGACGACCCCAAUUGCGUAGUAGCUGACGCCGGGGCAAGUUUGGUGGUUAUGCAAUGGCUUGAGACUGCUCAGAAAAUGAAAAUUAUGGAAGAUGAAGCCAAAGACUUGCGCACUCUUAUUUACAUAUUUCGAGAUUCCCUUCACAAAGACGCCGACUUAUGGGCACGACGAUGUGGUCUGAUUCCAGAUACCACAAAAGCUACCAACAACCUCAUUUGCGAUCAUCGGGAAGACACAACAACUGCGUCGGCUGCACACAUGAUUGCAAGUCAAAUGGGCAGCAAGUUGCAGAAUGUUAAUGAUGAAUGUGAAAAGUUGCAUUUAUUGGAGAAUCGGCUUGUUAAUGAUCGCAGUACAUUAAUCAACACGAUGACUAUUGAGUUGUUGCGUUUGAAGUCACUUCACGCGCAGAUGCAAGCUGAGAAAAGUUCCGUAAAAAACAUUUCUGCUGAAAAGAUGGUAUCAUUUGCAGCUCAAGCAGCAAAUACUGCAAAGGAAGAAGAACAGCAACUCGAAGAACGUGAGCGUGGUCUUUCUAUCACUUUGGCUCUCGUUCGUACUCAACGGUCGGCUCUUGUUCAAUCUAUCACGCGCGAUCGCCAGCGUAUAUUUGACUUCUCCUCAAUCAUUCAAUAUUUUGUUCGCUUUGCGGACCAGCACAGUAAAUCAUUACAAGUAGUAGCUGCACGCUGGGAUGAAGUUAAAAUUACACUUUUAGCCUUUUCGAAAAUCUGCGAAGAAAUAAAGAGUGAUAAGAUUAAGGACUGUACCGUCCUCGAAUGUGUCGGGGAUGGCGAAGUUGCGGCGCUGGGUCUGGAAUCGUGGUCGCUGCCAGACAGAUGUCUUACAGCCUCUUCAAAAUCUCAAGACGCCAAAUUUGCUCGUCUGAAUGGAGUUGAGUGCUGGAUUGCAGACACACAAGAUGCAACACCCUCGCUUGUGAUUGAUUUUGAGCUACCUCGUGUUUUUGAGUCGAUUUCUGUACGAGGUGGAACAGUUCAAUUUGAUAGAAGACCUGGCUUUUUCACAAAUACACAAAAUACGACACAGGGGAGUGAAGUGGCCUCACUACCAGCUUCAACAUUUAUUUUGGCAAGCAUGACUGGUCUUCAGGCGGCACAGGCUCGAGGCCAACUUGAGGAAGUAGCAGGAUUAAAUGAAUUGACGUACAAGCUUUUGGGCUACGUGAUGUCUUGGCAGGACUUGCUGAAAACUAAUGUGAUCCCUUUUAAACUCUUUAACAGACCACCGGUGCGGUUUUUGCACGAUGUGAUCUCGGCUGUCAUGCAUAAUACAGGUUUCGCAUGUAACGCAAUUUCAGCGAAACAGCGCGACUACGCACAGCUUUCCACCAAGACUGAACGAGCAGAAUAUUUGUCAUCGAUUUUGAACUAUGUGCAAGCUUGGUAUCAGUGCCAGCCACAAAGCGCUGAGAAUGCUACUGGCGUAUCAAUCGCGGCAACAACGCUUAACAUUUUAGCAGGCAAAGAAUCUGUAGAUACCAUAAGAUUUUUAGGAUACUUUGCAUUGGCAGCGAUGGAUCAUGUGAUACAAAACAUGAAGGCGGGGAACCAAGAGCGAGCCGCGGGCUCAAAAAUCGACACGGAAGCUGAGGUGCACAAACAUCAAUUGGAUUCUUUCCAAAACGGUUGGGUCUCUCGUAUUCGCGUUGCCAUAAGCUUAACAAAUAAUUCUGAUGACUGGCGCAUCUUGGGCGAGUAUGUUGCAAACACGGACGCCACUGGAGUCGUCUCAAUCGCUUUAGCAGUGGACAAGGCUCAGGCUGAAGGGAACAGAGUUGGUCGUUUCCUGCAGCUUACGUGUGUCCAAUGGCAUCAAUACGCAGCGUUGCAGUGUGAGGUAUAUGGACGGCGAGCACUAGAGAGUAACUUGCUGGCAAAAAGACUCGAGAGAAAGGCAUCGAAUGCUCGCGCACUAGUCAACCAGCUUCGUCAGACAUCUUUGCUAGUGCUACAGGAGGCACAAGCAUCGUAUGAUCAAGCAAAGGUUGCAGAGAGUGAAAAGCAUGCGCAGCUUGAAAGCUAUGGUGAAGAACUGGCCAAGUUAAGGUUGGCGAGCGCUGUCUGGAAGGACAGAGAACGCGAGAUGCAAGAGCAAUAUGCGUGCCUUAAUGCUAAAUCAAAGUCUGCAAAUCAACGUGCUGAUCAAGAAAAAACGCGCGGAGAUGCGCUCCAAAGUGAGCUUACGCAGGCUUUUAAUCGAGCAGGGGAGUCUAAGCGUCAAUUGGAUACCUUGCAAGCACAUAUGACUGAGAGAGAAGAUCUGUUACAGACGCUGUUGAUUCAAAAUGGAGAGCAAAAGCGUGCGCAUGAACUCUUGCAACAGACUAAGAAGCAACUUGAGGAGUUAGUGGACAAAUUGUGCGCACAAUUGUCUGAUAAGAAGCACGAACAAGACACAACCCAGCAGAAAGGGCAGUCUUGCGUUGCCGAACUAAAUAUUGAGCUGAUGUCGGUUCGUGUACAGCUCGAUGAACAACAUCGUGCACUGUCAGCUGCCGAGUUGCGCUAUAACGAUCAACAAGCUUUUGGACAGCAACAAUAUGCUCUUUUGCAGCAAACGCGUGCUGCACUCAUUCGAAAAGAGGCUGAAGCAGAUGCACAGGCAAACAUUCGGACAGUGGAGAGCAAAGCUGCUUUCAAAGUCUUGCAGAAUGAGAGCGAUCUUGUAAAGCAGGAGCUUAAACACGCACUGGAUCAUUUUGCAGCUUCAGAAGCAGAGCUUAUCAGCUGGAAGCGACGAGCCGAAGCAGCAGAAACCCAGCUCCAGGCACAGUGUCAUGCAAUUGGCGGUGCUGCUACUGACGCCAAUGGCAAAAGGUAUACGGCUGAAUUGGACGCAGCAGGACGAGAAUAUCAAAGACUUUUAUUGGAAGCUCAGACAAAUGACCUCCGUCGGUUGGCUGAACUUGAAAAGUUGGAAGCAAAGCUUUGUAGUCUAAAACACGAACUUGCUGAAAGUAAUGAGAAGGCACAGAAAGCAGAUCAUGCCUUGUUUGAGUCCUUGCAAAGGCUGAAGGAAUUUGAAGAGACCGAAGAAGACUUGCAGCUUCAGCUUCAGAUAGUCACGGAUGAGCGGGACUCAGCUCGGCAGAAGGAAGAGCAGCUUUUCGCUGAAACAAAUGAAAAGGACCAGGAAAUUGAGCGAAUUCGCGACGGCUACGUGUGGGUGACAGACCGGAUGAAUUUGAAGGAGGACGAGCUCAGUGAGCUGCAUGACCAGUUAGAAAGAUAUCAAGAGUCUCAAGUAGAUAAGUUUCGAGAUGAAUUUGCCACGCUAUAUGCCUCUGCUACUGGUGCCAUGGAUACUGUAGUAUGGAGCGAUGCAAUGAUUGUCAAAUUGGCUGAGUGGAUUGAGGUUCGCAAAAAUCUCACAGACACUUUACCUAAAUACGUGAUUACACCUCAAGUCCCGGAUCCCGAAUCCGAACAUUGCACUGCAAAUCCUGUUAAAUUUUUCCAAACUGAUACAAACGUCAAAGCUGUUUGCUGUGAUGACGAAACCGAUUACGAGGACGAUUUCGAUGAAAUUGACGUCAAUGAUAAAGCAAGUCAAAGGAAAUGA